AAUAGAUAAGAUACCAAAUCUUGGCGAGAUAUCAUGAGUGAUAAAUUCCUCCUGGGUGUUAUUAUUUUGUUGAUGGGAACAGAGCAAUGUUUAACCUGGAGUACAAUACACAGAAGCACUGGAGAUAGCAAUCUGAUUAAUGUGGACUUCAACAGUUAUGAUUUGGAAGUUCAAGCAAGUGAUAGUGGUGAUGGCCAGUUUGAUAUCCAUUUUCAGUAUGGAUCAGGUUGGAUAGCCCUUGAAUGGCAUUUGAGCUCGUCCAGUUCAACCAUGUCAGUAAAUAUUCACACAACAGGAUUAGACACUAGCUCUGGUUGUGACACGGAUGCAACGCUUACCAAUGUUCCUGUACCAAGCACCUCUACCAGAACCUGGAAACUCAGUAGAGAUUCGAACUACCUAAGUAUUUACUGCAGUGGAAUCCUAGUAGGACAACUUAAUCGGGAGAGUUAUUUUAACUGCCUAUCAACUUCACAGUGGCUAAGCUUAGGAACAGGGAGUUAUCCCGUAUACUUCUAUUCCGAUUCUGCAGUAACGCAUUACUACAGACUUUCCAGAAAAUGCAGGACAAUAAAUGGAGGAUGGAGCAGCUGGACUGGAUGGGGUAGCUGUACCUGUAACUACAACUCUGGCACCGGAACAAGGACCCGAACUAGAUCCUGCAACAACCCCUCACCAGCCUGUGGGGGGUCAUCCUGCUCAGGAUCAUCUUCCGACACAGGAAACUGCGACAGUCAAUGUUGCUCCGCUGGAGACUACAUGAGUGACACUGGAUGUCAGCAAUGUGGAGAGAAUACCUUCAGCAGCGAUGGAGCUUCUUUGUGUACUUAUCUACCGAUAACUACUGUAAUAACGAGUAGCCGUGGCUCCGUGGGCCUCCUUGUGGAGUCCACAUCAUUUUACGUGGACGGCGGGUGGAGUGACUAUGGAGAUUGGUCUAAGUGCUCUGUAGAAUGCGACGUAAGAACUCAGUCUAAAAACGGAUCCUGUGAUAACGCUACCCCACUCUAUAAAGAUGCGGACUACAAGCAGGAGAUUGAAGAAGAGAACACUUCACCACAUAACUUGGAAAAGCACCCUCCUUGCUCCUGCUGGAAUGGGGAAUGUGGAUAUUGUCCCAACUUGUCUCAUACCGUAAAGCAGAGUAUAACAUCUUAUCCAGACCAGGACAUCGAAGUUCGCUCCACUAUCAAGAGGCUCUAUAACAGUUCUAUUGCGCUGUUUGAUGAAGCUGGAAGCAUGUUAGGAAUGUUCCACUGGAAUCGUGAGGGUGUGGUGCUGACAGGAUGUAUUGGAUGUUACAGACCAAGAGCUUUGGAGAGGAUGUGUCCUUGGAACAAGUGCACUCAGUGGAUCUUUUCCUUCAAAGACGGACAUGUUCAGAUCAAGAUCAAAGGAGAGGGUCUGAAACAGUCCUCUACCAUAUGUCGUGUGAAGACAACUUCUCCUUCGUUUCACAGAAUAUGGAAAGAAUCAGAUUGAGCUCAAGCGAAAUUGACUCAUCAAAAACUGAACAGCAUCCAAAUCCAUGAAGUCCAAUGAUUGACCUAUGUUUUUCUAAUCACUGAUUAGUGACAUUAAUAACUUAUAAGCAUGGCAGAUAGUAAAGUUUCUGGAAAAGUAUCACUACAAACAGAUUACUUGUUCUUGUUGCAACUGAUUACAACUUGAUUUUAUCAAGUAAGAUUUCCCUAAAACAGUUUUGCGCCCCCUCGUUUAACAUUCAGAUAUGUUUCGGGAAAUGAUAAUUAUGUUGAGGCGCAUAUUGCAACUUAUUUUAUAAUUUAUAUCCUCAGUAACAUUGGAACUAACUAAUAUAUGCUGAUGUUGAUCAAUUUCGAAGAUAAUUUCGAGAUUUAACUUUAUGAACCGAUUCUUUAUGUUAAUCUUAUAUCUUAUACAGUUAUACCAAUCUUUAUGGUUUACACAUCAAUUUACUUUAGAUGUCACCC